AGCGCGGGGACAGGUGGGGCAGGGGGGCCCGGGGGGGCUCACGGGGGGCCGGGGGGCCUCACAGGGUCCCGGGUGGGCUCACAGGGUGCUGGGUGGGCUCGGGGUGUCCUGGGUGGGCUCACAGGGUCCGGGAUGGGCUCAGGGGGUCCCGGGUGCACCAGCAGCUCCCUGGAGGUCCCUGACAUGGGGGGGGACACCGGCAUGACCGGGGGUCCCUGACUCUCACCCCCCCCCCCCCCCCCCCCCCCCCCACCCCCGGGGCCCCCCCCAGGGCCCCCCGGACCCACCCCCCCGAGCCCCCCCCCCCCAUGGCCAAGAGCCUCGUGGUGGCCCUGGGGCUGUGGGCGCUCGGGGGGCUCCUGGGGCUGCACCACCUGUACCUGGGCCGCGACCGCCACGCCCUGCUCUGGAUCCUCACCCUGGGGGGCUUCGGUGCUGGGUGGCUCUGGGACCUGUGGCACCUCCCGGGUUGGGUGGCGACCGCCAACGGCCCCUCCCGACCCCCCCAAAGUGGGGCCGUGCCCACCCUUAGCCCCCCGCGCGUGGCGGGGCAGCUGCUGGUGGGGGCGUAUUUCGGGCUGGUGGCCGCGCUGGGGGUCCCGUGGGUGCCCCCCCCGCUGGCCGUGGCGCUGGGGGUGCUGCUGGUGGCCUCGGUGGGCGACCAAGGAACCGACCGCCCCCGCGUCCUGGUCGCCGCCUUCCUCUCCUCCCUCCUCUUCCAGGGCGGGCUGUUGCCCACCAGCCUGGCGACCACCGCGGUGGCCGCGUGGCACCGCCGGUUCGAACCCCCCCGGGACCCCCCGCCCCCGCUGUCGGCCCGGCUGUGCCACCUGGGGCUGGGGGUCGCGGCUUUCGGGGCCCCCCUGGCCUGGGGGGGGGUCAGCGGGGCCCUGGGGGGCGCGGGCACCGUCCUGGCGCUGCCCCUCAGGGUGGGGGUCCUGCCCCUCCGCGCGGGGUGGGCGCUGCUCGAGGGGCUGGGGGUCGUCGGGGGGGCCCCCGAGGGGGGUCGGGGGGGCGCGGGGAGCGGAGCGAACGAGAGGAGGCGGCGGGCGCUGGAGGUCCUGGGGCUCCGCGGGGGCUGCUCGGCCGAGGACGUUCAGCGGAGCUACCGGGAGCUCGUCAAGCUCUGGCACCCGGACCACAACCGGCACCGCGCGCGGGAGGCCGAGCGGCGCUUCAUCGAGCUGCAGGAGGCCUACGAAGAGCUGGCGGGGCCGCGGCGGGCGGUGGGGGGGGUGACACUGUGACAAACACGACACUCCCCUGUCCCCUCACCCCGGCCGUCCCUCGUUGUGUCGAGGCGGGACUCGAACCCGCAUCUCCCGAUCCCAGAUCCCCUCCCCACAGCGACCCCCCCCAUUCGGGCAUUUCCGCCUGUUUCCGUCCACGUUCGGCGCUCUUCGCCCCGCCCAUUAUGGGCGUGAUCAAAAGAUCCAGGAAUCUGA